AUGAGUGAAUAAACAAUCUAAGAAACAAUUUAUCAAGAUAUUUCUACAAUGCAAAUGUAUAUUGAAUCAGUUUCAAUUAAUAUGGAAUCAUUAAUUGAGACAUAUUAUGAAUACCUUUAAUAAAGAGAUGGAGAUGACUAAGAAAGUUAUAAUCUAUUAAGUGAUUUUACAUAAAAGACACUUAAUAAUUUAGAAGUGUUACAAAAUAGUUGGAAUUUAAUUAAAGAAAAAUUGAAGGGUGAAUAAGAAUAACCUCCAUUUAAUAACUCAUUUUAAAUAUAUUUUGAUAAUCAGAUUUUAGGAGCUAUAAAAUCAUAAGUAGUGAAUACAAUAUAUCUUAGGUAGAUAAUAUAGUUGAAACUAUCAAUAGACAUGCUCCUAAAUAUGAAAUUCAAGGAAUAGUUUAAAUUAAUACCUAACAAAGUAGUUCUGAAUUAAUGGAGAUAGAAGAAGGUGAUACUUGA